UUUAAUGAACGCGCUAGGUGUGACAGAAAAUAUCGGAGCUUGGCUAAAACAGAGAGCCUGAACAAUAUACCAUAAAACAGUGUAAAGAAGAUUCUUUGAAAUUUUUAUAACAGCUUGAUCGCUCGGCGAGCUACGUUGUCUUUUGACAACCCUUCUGCUGUAUCAUGUAGACUCGUAUGCCACGACUUGGAGACGAUAACGCAAGGUUUGUUUGAAAAACAACAAGGCAGGAUGACGGAGACAGCCAAUCACAUCUUCUUGUGCUGGAUAUGUCUCGGAAUGGCUAUCACAGCUUAUGCUGGAAAAAUUCCCGAAGACAGCUUUACCGGAAGGAAACUUCUGAACAGCACUGCGCCGGAACCUGAUAAGAGCAUCUGGCAAGAAAUCGAAGAGUUCUAUGAAGACAAAAACAACUUCGCAAUGUAUCUAGUCUUGCCUCUCCUAGUCUUUGUAUACGGUGGAUGCAGUCUCAUAUACUGCAUUGCGAAAUGUCGACGACAUCUGAAAAAGAAAAAGCACAAGCAAUCGAAAUUCGAUCGGCAGGACAUCGACGAUGAUGAAGGUCCUUUGACUGAUCGUAAUGAUACCGAAGAACCAAGACAGGAGAGAAGAGGGGCAAAGCAGACGUCAGCGUCUGAUGUCAGAGUGGCGGUGGAUAGGGAGAAUACAAGCACUCCUUUGCCUUGGCAGGUCCCGGAUGACAAGGAAAGUCUAUAUCCACACAAAAAUCCUCCUCCUCGAAAACCUGAGCAACGGAAUGCCAUGAACAACCAUCCAAACAACCAUUCCAGUCCUCCGCCACCGUAUGAUGACUUUGGAGGUAAGCCUGUCAUGAAUAGACCGAUGGUGAAUACCGUAUCGAACCCUGGAAAUGAUCACCGCAACAGGAAUGCGAUGGAAUCGUAUGCUAUGGCAAAGCAGGCCGCAGAAUUGCUUAGACAGGAAGAUCAUUACCGCCAAGGAGGGGGUGGUUACAAGAAAGCAAAGAGGCUCGUAUUUGUAGCUGACUGAGGUGUAUAUCCCCGUGUUUUUUUAUAUGGGUUUUUCUUAUUUGGGAAAAGAGUGAAGCAAACCAUGGGAAUUAAGAUAUGGUAGAUAGGAAAAAUUAACAAGAAAUACAUUUUGUAGCUGUUAUAUAUGAUUUGAUUUAAGACUAGAAAAAAUAUUUCAAAAUUGUCGUGACAUACAGUGUCAUACGGAUAUAAGUUGUUAUGGACAAGGCUUGAUUCAACACCUCUUCUGUGUUAUUCUUGACAUAAAUAUAUUUAAAAACGCUCAAAAUGCGGCCUGAUAGAAUUAAAUGACAAGAAAUAGUUAUUUCGGAUUAAUGUAGUAAGAAGUAAACAAAGCCCUUUACUUAAUGUACAAAAACACAGAAUUGGAAAAAAAGACUUUAUUUUUGUAGUAUAAAAUAUAUUUUCAUAUAACAAACAAAAUUUUAAUUAAUUUCUACACCUUGGUGUAAUACCAUCAGCGCAAGUACACGACAUAUCUUGAAAAUAAACUCCAUUGAAAUAUUGUUCUUUUUUCUAUUCAGAGAGCACAAAUCGCUUUUUAUCAUCGAACUAUGUCUCUUUCCUUCUUUGCGGUGGGGUGUGGUUGGGGGGGGGGGGUUGUUUAGGGAGAGCGGGUAUUUUGUAUGUACAACCUUUUGUAGAGAAAAUUUGUACGAAAGAUAGGGAAGGAGAAGAGGAUAUGUAUACGAAAACAUACAUUUACGAGAAGCAAAUACAUAUAAUAUCUGUAUAUUUGCUGCGUACCUGCUUUACAGGGUUAAUCAUUUUGAUUUAUCUCAAAAAGUUAGAAUAUGUCAACUGCUGAAAACAAAACAUAUCUUUCAAAACAUCAGGUAUUAUUUUUAUAAGUAUCUGCGGGUAGGCUGCAUAUGUACACGUGCAUGUGCGAAGUACAGUUAUAUGUGUUUGAUUGCUCCACGUGUCAGGUUCUCUCGAUUAUAAGGUUUUGAUAACAUUGUAAAUAUGCUAUACGUGGUAAUCAUGUAUACAGUCGGCUUCUUGUCUAUUACUUUGUAUAUAUGUAUUAAUGCCUUAAAUUAUUUUAGUAUUAGAGCUGUUAUUCCCUUUACUUGUUUGCAUCACGAAGAUAGGACCUUUUAUGAUUUAGUUCAUAAUUAGUAAUUGAUAUUUAAAUAUAAUAUACAGAUUUGCUACUAAAAAAAUGUAAAUACAUAAUAAACAUACAUGACACUUUUACUUGACAAAUAGAUAUUCAACUAGUUUAAUUAAUGCAUUUUUUAUCUUGUAUUUUCGUUUGGCUCAAUUCUUUAUGGUCCAAAACUAAUUUUAAACUUGACUUGAUUAAUAGUACCAAAGAAAUCCACAAGUAUUGAAAGUUAUUGUCAGUACCUAGAUUUGUAUAUAUAUAUAUAUAAGUUAAAUAUGAGUAGGUUGAAAAUACCUACGUAAUCAACGAAAAUAAUAACACACAUAAACUUUCUAUUUUACCGUACAAUACACUGUACUUGAGAGAGAGAAAAAGUGAAAAAGAUACUCUAAAUCACUUUGCAUUCGCGAAUACUUUAUCUCGCGAAAUUAUAUUUCCAGACAUAUUCGCGAAUGUACAAUUUCACGAAUGCAGACCUGAAUGACUUUAAAUUCCCGAAUAAUGAAUUAUUAGAUAGAUAGCUUGGUUGCCAUCCAAAGGUGUUAUUUUCGUACAAAUAACCACGGGGGAUUUAAAUUCGCAACUGACUCUCCUCGCAUAUUAAUCCCACGCGAAAAAUUAGUGAUCAACAGUAUAUACAAACAUACCGCGAAAAUGAAAGUCCCUUUAGAUAGUUAAAUGUACUGGUUUGGUUUUUACUUUUAUCAAUUCGAUUUUAGUUUUGUUGUCUAAGCCACUCAUGUCUUUUUUUAAGCAGGAGGAAUUUUGUAUGUAGCUAUAGGCUAAUGGUAUAGCAGUAAUCGUAUAGUACUGUGUACAAGUUAGUAUAUUUUAUAAUGUAAAUGUAUUCUUGUUUCCUGUUCACCGUUAUGUUUAUUCUGAGUGCUCUUGUCAAAUAUGAAAUUAUAAUAAAUUAUUGGUUUUUGAUUGCGUUUCUUCUAUCAGUAAGUAAAUGAGUAUCUUUUUGAAAAUGGAAAUCGCAUAUCUGGCCUGUUAUUUCGACAGAAAAAAGUUGGCAUGCAUCCUGAAGAUCACAUUUUACAUGCCUAGUGAGUUAUUAUUAUUUUUACAUGUAGAACAUUUGUAUCAAUUAGGGCGAUUAGAAAACUAACAAAAACCGAUGCUUUCACUAAAUAAAGUAGAAUAUAAAAGUUUUGAUUUUGUAAUCCUUUUCUAUGGAAAUUUUAAGUUUUUUAAAAGAUUACCUUAAUUUCGGGAAUAUUGAUGAGACUGGGGCCAUAUAUGGCAAUAUUCAGUUUAAUGCCAAUAAAACCAAUGUUGAAUAUAUUUCUUUAUGGAUUAGCAAGGUAAAUCUAUUAUAUUUUACUAAAUCUUGUUUAAUGUCUUGACAAUAACAAAACCAGAGUUUCCAAUCCAACACCAGAAAGGAAAUAUUUGCUCAAAGAGAUUCCAUCUUUAUAUAUUAGAUAUAACCUAUAAUAUAUUGUCUUGGACGAAGUAGCUGUAGCUAAUAUUUUUACUAAAACACAUUGCUUAUGCUCAAUUUUUCAACCUUUUAUAUAGACAUGGAAAAAGUAUUUUUUGAGUGUGAUUUCUUAAUAUUUUCUUCAAUUUUAACAUUGCUUGUUAUUAUGAAAAGCGCAUUGUGAUACUAAAUAAUGAUCUGCUAUUAUUACUAAAAUUCAACAAUUAUAGAGAUUAUACCUAUUUGCCUUGCUUGAUUUAAUUAACUUGUAAAUAAACAAAUAUUUAUAUUUUUUCUAUCCCUCAGUGUUAGAAAUAAAUUUUGUCAUGUCCAUAGUAUUAGUCGGGUUGGUUUAUCUAACACUAUUAAUAAAAAUAGAAUAACUUUUAUCCGUCCGUUUUACUGAUUGAUAGCGCUUGGUGUUAUUUUGUUUUCUGGUGUAUACAAAGAAUUUUAUCUGUCCAAAUUAAAUGUCAGUUUUGUUAUUUUGUUUCUGAUUUUCUAUAAUAAGUAUGAACAUUGUGUUGGAAGGUUAAUGAAAUUAUCGUAAACAUCUGCAUUGUUUUCCGAUGAAGUUUCAAUAUCAUCAUUUUUUUCUGGACAUGUAUUGUUGAGAACUUAAUUUAGACCCAUAUAUGUUACUUUUACGGCAGUACGAUAUAUUACCUUCUAGGAAUACUUUGUAAGUAUUAAAUAUAAUUGUUUGUUACAUAAUUAUUCUUCAGUGUGAUGGUAUGAUUAUUUAAAUGAAGCACUAUUUAUUUAAGUAUUAGGAUAUAAUUCAAUGAAAAUUUACAACAGUGAUAUGAAAAUCAAACUAAACAAUAUGAAACAGUCCCAUUUUAUCCACUAAAUACCAGACAAUUAUUUGUUUCAAUAAAUUGUCAUUAAGAUAUUCUUCUUUUCCAACUUUACAUGUAAAAUAUUACGUUUUAUCUGCUAAUGUUAAUCUGUUAUUGUUAGGUGUAUUUUUCAAAAAUAAAGUUUUCUGUUUAAAU